AUGGCCGACAUGAGUUUUCCGCAUUUCAAGCUGACCCAUUCAGAAUGGGCUGGUCUCCAGGACAUCCUCAAAUCAGACGACCCUGUUGUCAUUGAUGGGCACAGCUUGACCAUCGCUGGAGUUGUAGCAAUUGCCUUGCACGGCAAAAAGGCAGCGCUCACCGAUGACCCUAAGGUCCUUGACCGCGUAAAUGAGAGUGUCCAGUUCCUAGAAACGCAACUGUUUCAAGGCCAUACAGUCUAUGGCGUUACCACGGGCUUUGGAGGCAGCGCCGACACUCGCACCGACAAGGUGAUGAGUUUGCAGGUUGCCUUGCAACAGCACCAGAAUAGCGGCGUCUUGCUACCGUCCGACAAAGGGCUGCUCAACGACACGGCAACACAGAUCAAUGGCCUUCAAGGUCAUGCGCUGCCUGUUCCUAUUGUCAAGGCUAUGAUGCUUAUUCGCUGCAAUUCCCUAAUUCGAGGCCACUCUGGCGUUCGUCUAGAUUUAGUCAAAAAUACGUUGACUCUUUUGAACCACGAAAUGACGCCUGUUGUGCCUCUGCGUGGAAGCAUUUCGGCUUCUGGUGACCUCAUGCCUCUUUCUUACAUUGUUGGGGUGCUUGAAGGCAGCCCUGACAUUUUCGUUCACAUUGGCGACGAGCAGAAUCCGACUUUCCUUCCAGCCUACAAAGCUCUCGAGGUAGCAGGUCUCCAGCCAAUCUCCCUACAGGCAAAAGAAGGCUUGGGUAUGGUUAAUGGAACAGCUACAAGUUGUGCCGCCGGCUGCCUCGCCAUAUAUGAAGCACAACAAUUGGCUGUCAUGACCCAGCUACUCACUGCUACUGGCACAGAGGCUCUUCUUGGUACAGCUCAUAAUUAUCAUCCUUUUAUUUCCGAGACUCGUCCACAUACGGGCCAGAUUGAGGCUGCAGCAAAUAUUAGCGCCUAUAUCGAAGGUUCCGGCCUUGCUCCUGGAAAACACCCUGAAACAAUUGGCCUUGCACAAGAUCGCUAUUCUCUUCGCACUGCUCCCCAAUGGAUUGGGCCUCAACUAGAAGACCUCACACUGGCACAUCGCCAAGUCCAGGCUGAAGUCAAUUCGACCACUGACAAUCCACUUAUUGAUGCGAAGAACGGCUUGGUACACCAUGGUGGAAACUUCCAAGCUGUUUGCAUUACGUCGGCUAUGGAAAAGACCCGAUCUUCCAUGCAAAUGAUGGGUAAAUUGUUAUUCGCUCAAUGCACGGAGCUGGUUAACAGUCAAAUGAACAGAGGACUUCCUCCGAAUCUCUGCGUCGAUGACCCCAGCUUGUCGUACACCUGCAAAGGGCUUGAUAUCAACAUGGCUGCAUACAUGUCUGAACUCGCCUACCUUGCUCAUUCAGUCAGCUCUCAUGUGCAGUCUGCUGAGAUGCAUAACCAAGCCGUCAACUCACUCGCUUUGAUAUCAGCACGUUACACUCUGGAGGCAGUGGAACUCGUUUCUAUGAUGACGGCAACGUAUAUCUACAUCUUAUGCCAGGCACUUGACUUGCGGUGUCUUCAUCUCAAUUUCAUCAAAGUUGCGAAGCCCAAGAUUAACGAACUUCUACGUAAAUAUUUCAGAUCGGGCAUGACCGAAGAAGUGUCCUUCAACGAAUUUGCAAGCCGAGCCUGGAAGUUCCUUUUGGGAAAAUGGCUGAACCUCUCUCAUCUUGAUCUCGAACCCCGCUGCAAGGCUACAAUGAAAGAGUCUCUAGCCGACUUAACAUCUGCCUGUAUUUCAGAUUACUCAGGAUUGCGCAACGUACCAGACAUUCUAGGUCAGAUUGAGGAAUACCAGCAAGCAGCAACCGAAGCCCUUGGCUCGACCUACAACGCUACUCGUGAGGAAUUUUUCAAGAGCCAGAACACUGCCGCCUACAUCAGUCCGGCAUCGGCAAAGCUAUACAACUUUGUCCGCAAGGAUCUUAGGAUUCCUUUCCAUCGUGGCCUAGCUGAUCACCCAACCUUACGUGACCCCAGUUUGACUAAUGGUGUCAAGGACCUGGGUCCCGGCAAGAAUAUUGGCUCACUGGUCAGUGAGAUUUACCUUGCUAUUAGGAAUGGCCGGUUACAUGAGGUUGUCAUGACUGUGAAGAAGAGCGAAGAUUGA